UCAAAAUAUUAGGGCUUUCGUCGUCAACAACAUGGCCUGGUAAAAAUGAAAUACCUGAAAGGUGCAAAAAUGUUUCUUUACAAAAUAAAUGUAUGGAUAAUUAUAGGAUUAUUCUUAUGCUUUAAAUCAAAUACCUGUAUUAAAUGUUAUAAGUGUAAAAGUCAUGAUGACUCUAGGUGUAAGGACCCAUUUAAUAAUCAAACUAAAGAAAUAAAUCCAUGUAUUCCUAAUAAUGGACUUUAUCAAAAUGGAAAUGCACAAUAUUGUAUCAAAACAGUUCAAACAACUGAAGAUGAUCGCAGAAUUAUAAGAGACUGUGCUUGGUUAGGCCCUGAUCAAGACUUUGACAAAAAAGGAAUAGAUAUCAAUGAAUAUGUCAACAAUAAAUGUUAUAAAAUGACUGGAACUUAUCGUGUAUCCCGAAUAACUUGUUAUUGCAAUGAUAGAGAUGGUUGCAAUGGAGCUUCCAAUUUAAAGGCCUUACAAACUUUAUGCAUAUUUGCUAUAUUCAUUGCAAGUUAUAUGCUGAUAUUAUAAUUUUUGAAAUUAUUCUAUCCAUAAUUUUAAUGCUCAAAAAACACUUAUUAUAUUUAUAUAUAUUUUUUUUAAUAUGGAUGAUCAUCAAUAUUCUUGAUCUCAUUCCAGAUACUUUUAUCUU